AAGGCACAUAUGGUGGAAUGAAAAACUCGUGUUGCCCACACGUCCAGUCAAUUAUGAUCUGAAUCAUCAUACAUACGCUCGUUCCUCUUGGAAGCCAGCUCGCCAAUUUCUCACUCAAUACUCCGUCCGAAUAAUUGAGAACACCACACCACAAGAAACGGACGCUGAGAUUCGAUGGCUUCCCUGCACUUGUCCUUUACUCCGGUCACCGCCCUCCACAGACGAUCACGCACAACGGCCGCAGCGUCGAAAAGCUCCGGCGGAAGCAGCCGAGAGAAGGGCCUGCUGGACUGGAUUCUAAGCGGAAUGCAAAAGGAGGACCAGCUCUUCGAGACCGAUCCAAUCCUGGAUAAGGUGGAGGAGGAGAAACGCGGGGGCACCGUGCGCGGCCGUCGGAACUCGGUGGCUGUUCCUCAACCCAAAGGUAAGUCCAAUGGCGGAGACGGCGGCGGAUUUGGUGGCUUCGCGGGCCUAUUUGCAAAGAAGCGGAAAUGAUAGAGUUUGUGCUCUAUGCUCUGUAAUUUUCUAAUCUUGAUCAUCGAGUUCCAAUUAAAUUAAAUACGAUUAUUUCAGGCAAUCAAUCUAUUCUUACGUAUAUUAAUCAAAUUAUCGAACAAAAAUGAUAAUCCUACAAGAAAAUGUGUGCUUUCUGUUUUAGUACCAAAAAAUGUUGGUAAUCCCUUUUUCUUAUCUUAAUUUAGAAAACAAAAACUAUGUCUCAUUCGUUAGUGCUUCAUAAUUUUAAUUUUAAAAAGGUUUAUUAUUGUUAUACAUUUUUAUACAUUUCUCAUGAAACUUAGAAAACAUUUAUUCCUACAGCGUCCUUCAGCCAAUCAUAACUGUGAGUAUCAACAUUGUUCACUAAUAAUUAGUGACUAGUUUUGAGUCUUUUGACACCAUUGUUCUAUAAACGAAAUAUGAUAUUUUUGUUUGAUGAAAUGAGUUAUAUUUGUACUCAUAGUUCAGAUUCUUUUCUGAUAAAAUAGCUCAAACAUUACAUGUUUGUGGUCACAAAUAUAUCAUAUACUCUAAUACCAUACUCCCAGUAUCCCAAUUCCAACAGAAAUUAGAAAAGUAAAGACCGUUUGGUUGAGGUUUUUACCCUAAUAGUUUAAAUAAUACUCACUUUCUAUGAUUCUUAAAACUUUGUCAACUUUCUUUUUUGCGAUGUCCCACUAACUUUGCCACUUUCCUUUUUAAGUAAAGAAUUUGUGGUUCCAGAUAAUUUUCUCUCCUCUGCACAAACCUCAACCACACAAUUUUUACUUUAUUAAUCCUUGUGUCGGUCAAACUUUGACAAAAUUUUAAGGAACCGGAGGGAGUAAUAAAAUUUGGAGUGGGUUGGGACUAGGCUGGCCCCUAGCUCGGAAGAAUGUGUAACUGCGGUUGCAUAAAAAAAGUAUUACUCUGAAUUACAGCCGUAAGCAUAAGAAGUUGGGUGGUUCCCGCAUUAAACAUUUUUUCCGAAAUAUAUUCAGAUUGUCCGAAUGGACGAGAAGACACAUUGUACUCCGUAAAACAUUGUGAAAUUUGACCCAUUUAUACUAAUAAACCCUUUUACAAUUUACAUGACUCGAGUUUAGUUUUCUUUGAAACGAAAAUCAAGGUAAAAGAAGUUGGGUAACAUCCAUUGCAGCCAAAUAAUAAGUAUAAAUGAAAAGGCAUGUUCCAAAAAAAAAGGACUUGUGAGAGGAUUGGGAAGAGGACUUGGUAGCUGGAUUAUUCCUUUCCCAAGGGGCACCAUUUUCUAGAGAUCAUCAAUAGAAAAGUAACAUUGUUUGACAUGUGAGACACUGAGAUGCAUAUUAUGUGUAUUAUAUUGUGUAUUAUGGGAUGUACAAAUGAGAUUUCAGUGUUUUGUUUUCACUCAUUUAUGUUAGUAUUACCACUCACUUAUGUGUAUUCAAGGCAAAGUGAUCUAUUGAAAUCAACAGUGAACAUACUAAUCUGAAAUAAAGAGAUAGAGUUUGACUCGAUA